AUGAUAGAUUUCACAGUUCCCGAAUAUCUUAUAAAUUAUUACCAUACUCUUGGUAUUUUAUCGAUAAUUUUCAAUAGUUAUGGAUUAUAUUUGGUGGUUUUCAAGAACUCCAAAAUUGACACUUUUCGAUAUUAUCUUCUCGGUUUUCAGGUUGGAGAAAUAAAACAUGAUUUUUAUUUUCAGAUAGUUUUUUUUUCAGUUAUCUUGCACAUUUUCCGAUAUAUUUUUGACAUUUGGAAUGCAACCAGUUCUUUUGUUCCCAAUUUGUUCGGGAUUUAGUAAUGGUUAUUUAUCAAGUGGACUCGUAAAUUUUUCGACGUUAUUUUUAGGGGCAAGUUACAUUUUUGGAAGGGAAGGUCAACGAAAAACAAUUUUGAGUGACUUCGGAAUGUGAAAUAACAUUCCAACUACUUCUGAUUUCUGAAUUGUUAUCAUAUUUUUGAGAUGCAAUACUAAGAAAAGAAAAGAUCCAAGAAAUUAUCCAGGUGAAAAAAUUAUGUGAUUAAAAAACAUUUUCAGUCAGUUUGCCUUGGUUCAAUUGCCGCUCAAAACAAAUCGCUAUGUUUAUGUUUUAUUCGAAAACAUCAAGCAAUUGCAAAAAUCAGCACCACACAAAUAAUUCCCAAUUUAAUUUUCAAACUCAUAGUUGCUUUAUUCAUUAUUUUUCCUUUCACAAUUGGCGCAUAUUUUUAUUUAUGUGGUUUAUCAAAAGAUGAACAAUAUGCAUAUAUAACUAAAAAUUAUCCAUAUUACUUGGAAAACUUUAAAAAUCUUCGAGAAUUUCAUGUGGGUGUUCCAAAUCGGAGCCUCGUUGGUUUCUUUAUUUAUAUUCUUAUUGGUGAAAAUAUAUCAGUUAGUAUAACAAUUUAUACAACAAUUCAAAUGUUUCGAAUUUUGCGAGAACAUCGACAUAGAUUAUCGAAUGAAAAUUAUAAUAAACAUCGAAAUGCAAUUAUUAGUUUAUUGGUUCAAUUUGCAGUUUCAUCAAUGACAAUUCUACCACCAAUUGAAUUAACAAUCAGUUUUUGGAUGGAAUUUGAAAAUAUUCAAAGUGAGCUAUUUUUUAUAUUUAACUUUUGAAUAAAUUCAAGUUGAAUAUGUUUUCAGUAGGAAUUCAAAAGAUUUCGAACCAUUAGCUUCAAAAAUCCCGAAACUCUAAUUUUUUGCAGCAUAUGCCAAUAUAAGUAUAAUGAUACUUUCAACUCAUUCAGUUAUAAAUAUAAUUGUAACAGUUGCAACAUUUCCCGCAUAUCGAAAAGCGACAAAACAAUUAUUCUGUAGAAAGAAAAAAGUUGAAUCAAUUAUUCAAAGACAAAUUACUGUAUCUGCAAAAGUUGGGUGA